UCAACCGGCGAUUCACGCUUUUAAAAAAGCAAAUCCGAGCACUUCUGGAAAAAAAGGUCAUCUCGCAUUAAAUUCCGCGGCGCGAUUGGUAUUCCGACGUCGUUUCUGGCAGAGUUUAUAAGCGGCGGGUCGCUCCCAGGCUAGAGUCGCCCUGCCAACCUGGACUACGGCAAUAAGAGUGUCCGCUCGCCCCCUCGCAAAUUCCUUGCUGCCCACCCCUCAGAGGAAUAUCGAGGAAAUACGAGCUCCGGGGACUAGGGCUUUUCUGAAGGAAUGGCUUCCUCCGCUCCCUCGUCCUCCAACGAUGCUCCAGACCCCACCCCACCUAAUCUGCGACCUACAACUUACGACUCGUGGUGCGGCGUGGCUCACGGGUGCACCAGGAAGAUCGGGCUGAAGAUAUGCGGAUUCCUGCAAAGGACCAACAGCCUGGAAGACAAGGGCCGGAUCGUCAGCUCUCUGAAGGAAAGGCAGUCCUCCAAGAGCAUGCUGGCAUGCGAGAACAGUGAGAAGGGAUCCAGGUUCCGGCGCACCGAGACAGACUUUUCCAAUCUGUAUGCCAGAGAUUUGUUGCCCUCCAAGAAUGGUGAGGAGCAGACCAUGCAGUUUCUGCUGGAGGUUGUGGACAUCCUCCUCAACUAUGUGAGGAAGACUUUUGACAGAUCCACCAAAGUGCUGGACUUCCACCACCCACAUCAGCUCCUGGAGGGCAUGGAGGGCUUCAACCUGGAGCUUUCAGACAACCCUGAGUCCCUGGAGCAGAUUCUGGUGGAUUGUCGGGACACACUGAAAUACGGAGUGAGAACAGGUCACCCUCGCUUUUUCAAUCAGCUGUCCACAGGACUGGACAUUAUUGGCUUGGCUGGGGAGUGGCUGACAUCUACUGCUAACACAAACAUGUUUACCUAUGAAAUUGCUCCUGUUUUUGUCCUCAUGGAACAAAUAACACUUCGAAAGAUGAGGGAGAUUAUUGGAUGGUCAAACAAAGAUGGUGAUGGAAUAUUCUCACCUGGUGGCGCGAUCUCCAACAUGUACAGCAUAAUGGCUGCACGCUACAAGUAUUUCCCUGAAGUUAAAACCAAAGGCAUGGCUGCAGUCCCUAAACUGGUUCUCUUUACUUCAGAGCAUAGUCACUACUCAAUAAAGAAGGCUGGAGCUGCACUUGGAUUUGGAACAGACAAUGUUGUUUUGAUAAAAUGCAAUGAAAGAGGCAAAAUAAUACCAGCUGAUUUGGAGGCAAAAAUUCUGGAAGCAAAAGAAAAGGGAUAUGUUCCUCUUUUUGUAAACGCAACUGCAGGCACAACAGUAUAUGGAGCCUUUGAUCCAAUACAGGAGAUUGCAGAUAUAUGUGAGAAAUACAACCUCUGGCUCCAUGUAGAUGCUGCCUGGGGGGGUGGACUCUUAAUGUCCCGAAAGCACCGUCACAAAUUGAAUGGAAUAGAAAGAGCCAACUCAGUCACUUGGAAUCCACACAAGAUGAUGGGAGUGUUGUUACAAUGUUCUGCCAUUCUUGUCCGGGAGAAGGGUAUUCUUCAAGGCUGCAAUCAAAUGUGUGCAGGCUAUCUCUUCCAGCCAGACAAACAGUAUGACGUCUCCUAUGACACUGGAGAUAAGGCAAUACAGUGUGGUCGACAUGUAGACAUUUUCAAAUUCUGGUUGAUGUGGAAAGCAAAGGGUACAGUAGGAUUUGAAAAUCAGAUCAAUAAAUGCCUGGAGCUGGCAGAAUAUCUCUACACCAAAAUCAAAAACAGAGAAGAAUUUGAGAUGGUUUUUGAAGGGCAGCCAGAGCAUACAAAUGUAUGUUUUUGGUAUAUUCCUCCAAGUCUCAGGGGCAUGCCAGACUCUGAUGAGAGAAGAGAAAAAUUACACAGGGUGGCACCAAAAAUCAAGGCAUUGAUGAUGGAGUCAGGUACCACCAUGGUUGGCUAUCAGCCUCAGGGCGAUAAAGUCAACUUCUUCCGAAUGGUCAUCUCCAACCCAGCAGCAACUAAGUCUGACAUUGACUUCCUCAUUGAGGAAAUUGAGAGAUUGGGGCAGGAGCUGUAGUGCUUGAAUGAUCUAUUUCUUGAAUUCACUGUUUUCCAGCACUGGCUAUUUUUUAAACCCGGUUCUGCAGAACAUGUUUAAAGGAAAUUCUCUUUCUGUAAGUUGCAAUCUCCUAAGACAUCCUUAAACAACUAUAGGCUACUGAAAUAUAUAUGUAUUGGUAGAUCAUAUUAUUGAGGGAAAAUGUAUUAUCUUGAAGUUGAAGUACUAUUGACUCUUACAUUGGUCUUGUUUAUUGUAGACAGCAGAAAAUUAAUAGGUAUUAAAAUAGCAAAUUAAGAACUCUGCACAGUAUAUAUGUACAGUAUAAAUAAAUAUAUAUAAUUAUAUAUAUACAUACAUAUAUAUAUAUAUAAAGUGGUUAUAAACUUAGAUCAAAGCCACAGCAUGUUUUCCACUUUAAGAAAAUUAAGUUUUCCUUCAACAACUUUGAUGUGGAUAAUGUGCUACAAGUUUUUCUGCCAGACAGAAAUGGACAUAUAGAAACAUUUCUAAAAUGUAGAUUCUUAGGAGCUAAAGAAAAUGUAUAACAGUAUUAGAUCUUAUUGUUGGUGCUUUUCUCACGUACAAAACAGCAAUCUCUAAGAGCACCUUUGAGUAAAAUAGUUGUACUUGCCCUUUAGUGUCAAAUCAGGGGAUCACAGUAGCAGAGUCAUUGUAACAGGUAUAUUAUUGCUGUAUUUUUAGAGGUUAAUUUGUGUAGAUUGUGUAUAUUAUUGUUAAAUUACUUUGUGUAAAAGGAUUUAAUGUAAUAGUUUUACAGCAAGAUAACUGUUUAAUUGUAGGUAUCUGAAAUAUUUGCUUAUUUAUAUGCAGAGAUUUACCAUGCUGAAGAGUUGUCUUGUAUUUUCUUCCGUUUGUAAUGUAACCUAUUUAUAUAUUAUUGAAGUUCUAAAUAAUGUUUAUGGUAUUUUAGUGUCUUUGUGAGCCAAAGAACAAAUAUGAAAAUAUUAGUUGACACUUUUGUUUAAAUCCUAGUGCCCUUAAAGUAAUAACUUACAGAUAAUUUUACUGAAGAUAAGGAAUUCUGACCUUGUGUAUAGACUAUGAAAUUAUGGGAUCCCUUUAAUCUAUUAGAAUUAUUAGAAAUUUCCGUUUUAUUUAUUGUAAUGUCAGACUGUUCAGUGUUCUGAAUGCUUUUCUAGUGAAUAUUGAUUGCUAACCAAGGCCCCUGUUUUUGAGUUUUAUUUCAGAACUGACCUCUGUGACCAUUUUAACUAAAUUCUGUGGGAGUUUUAACCAGCAUCAUUCUUUUAGUGAAAUGUAAUUCACUAUCUGUUUGGAGUUUAUAAAAUAAAUAAAACCAAAAGUAAUCUCAGUAUCUUUUAAUACAACUAGCUUGUCCCAAUAAUUUCAACUGGUUAGUCUUUUCAAAGUAUAGACACCAGAUUCAUCUGCAGCUUGAUCAAUUUUAAUCAUUAGAUAAUCAAUAUUACUGAGUGGAAAAGUCCAUACUGGAAACAGAGUAGUGGAACAAAAUGGAGAUUCAAUAAUCCUCUGUUCACUGAGUUAGUGUCAUGGUGAUAAAUGGUAUAUGCUAAUUUCAAGUGUUUUCAUACAUGAUUCUUUGCAAAGCAGUAAUUAAUUGCUUUUUCUCCCUCCCCUCCACCUUAGUAAAAAAUUCAAUUAUUUUAGGAACUUUCAGUGAAAUACAGUCAUGCCAUGCAGUUUUUGCAGUCUCUCUGGCCCCUGUCCAUCCUGUGGAAGGACACCUACAGGCAAGAGAGAUUUCCAUCCUGCAGGUCCCACUGGCUGUCUUUUGAGGAUGGUGUCUCAUGUUUGUGGCUGUGUUAGCACAGGGAGAAGGAAGAAGCAGUUAUGGAAAAUGCUGUGUCCUACAGCACAGCCUUUCCAGCUUUUCAUAGGACUCUUGCUUAUUCCUCUUUCAUAACCUUCUGUAACAUCUUUUCUUCAAAUUGAGUUGAAUAUAAAAAUUGUCACUGACCUUUAGACUUAUGAGUAUGACUCAAAAUAGAUCUGCAUUGUUACUUCAUAUCAUUAAACCCCCUAGUAAUCUUACCAAUACACUAUUUCUUUCAUUAGGUUUUUUCAAGACAGUGUAGUUGGUUUCAUGCCUUCUUGAUCUUAAACCUCAAUCUUCCUCAUUUAUAAGCCUAUUGUAUUACUGUGUAUUCAAUACUUGACGUUUCCUGAUAUAAACAUCCAUGCUGUAUGACCUGAGGCCUGCAGUGCAGAUGUAGUUGGCAUAAACAUUGACUUCAGUACUAACUUCCAUGAUAUUGAAUGCCAUUCUUUAUAGAUAUCAGCUAUUCAUCAAAACUAGAGGACCUCUCAUUGAGAGCUGUUCUUAGAGUACAGAGAGAAGUUUGUUUUGAAGAAGCACAAUGUCAUAUUUUUAUUUCAGGCUUCUGUCUGAAAUCUGGUCUCAGUUUUACUUUAUUCAAAGGGCAGCUACAGAAGAUUGAAAAAAUUCUUUCAGACCUUCUUGUUCAUGAGAAACAAUAAGAGCGAAUAUAAUUAAUCCAAAGACAUAUAACUGGUGACUUAGUUUCACUAGAGGAUUUUAUGUCUUCCACACAAACACCAUGGUUCUUAUGAUUUCCCCAGUUCUUAGGUGGGAGUUUCUGAUUUCCUUCACCUCCCUUGCCAAUAACAGUAUUACUAAAGCUCU